CGGAUUCAGUUCUUUCGGAACCGUCGACGGGAUUGGAUUGUCGGAAUUGUGCGCGUGUUGUUACGGUUCGGAGUGUGGUUAUCCUCACAUUAUUUAUAGUCUCUGAGAGGGGUAAACCUGCUGAUGCUGGGUUUUGCGCUUUGUUUGCCUGGCCAAGCAGAGAUUUUCAUCACCCAAGCCACCCACCGCGCGCUGCCAGACAAUGGAAACCCACGCUUGUCGACGUUAAGCGCUGGUUGGUUCUUGUUGGUUCGAAACGCACUAAGGCAUCACCCGCUGCAAGGACUGCUGCAGCAUUGCCCUUGUACGACGCACCUCGUACGGAUCGUUCAGAUGUGGUCUGCUGAAUAGUGCCGUGAGAGAAGAGCGCGCUUCCUAGGCCCAGUUCGGACAUAGAUUUUGACGGAUAUUAAAGGCUCGUUUGUGUGCCAGUCGGAUGUUGACCGAGAUCAGGACGGUGUCAUGUGGGAAAUUGACCCAGCAUGAGUUGAUUGAAAUUGGUUUGCGGAAGACAUGGCUGCGGGUAUUCAGUGAUCUGGACAAGCUUGCUUAUUGAAAUUUGUGAAGUGUAGGUUGUUCUGCUGUUGAGAUUUUGUUUUACGUGUUAAAAGUGGUUUUACACAAGCCAGAGUGUUCACUAAGUUAGCAACAGUAAAAAAUAUGAAGAAUGAUGUAGGUUCCGUGUGAUUUUCAAAUGAAUAUUAAGAUAGAGUGUUUAAAUUGAAAUUUCGAAACCAAUCUUUGUCAACAACCACGAAAAAUUCGUUCACCGCUACCAGUCAAAGUCACCAAUGGUAUCUUCCGCCGAAAAAUAUCCUGGGGCAACAGAAAAACUUCCUGAUUGCGAUCAACGAGACGCUCCGAAUGUGCUAAUUUUGUGAUUUGUAUUCCAAUCGAAGCCUGCGGUUUGUCUUUUCAGUUUGAAAACGCGUGUCUAUCGAGAGGAAAACAUUGCCUAAAGCCAUAUCACACCGCACCGAACCAACGAACGAACGAACGAACGGCGCUAUAGAAUAUCGAUGGUGAGGAAACCGGAUGCGAAAAUCGAAACCAAACCCAUCGAGAAGAAGCUCGAAGAUGUGGAAUAGUGGUGUGCUCGUUGAAUUGUCGACGUCAGAGAGGAUUCAAUUUAAAGUUACGGGUUUCAGUGUCAUUCGUAGGCGAUGGAUCAAAGUGGUGGCUGCUGCUAGCUGGGAUGAAUGAAUUGGUUAUCCCAGUUUGGGGUGCAGACCGGAUGCGGCUGGCACGGCCUUUGACUCGGAAACGAGGCAUAUGAUAAUUGUGCGGUUUUCAGUGAGAUAUCGGAAACGGAUGAAGUGAAAAUGAUUGAAUUUGUGCGUGUUUGGUUUUUGGUACAAUUGGAUUAAAUCGAGAGUGAAGAACGACGAAUUUUCGUAAUCCUACGUACGUGUGUGUGUAUAUGUUGGUACAAUUGAAAAAGGAUAAGAUUUGACGCCUUCGAGAGAUGAGAUUAACCGUGAAGCAAAUUAAUGAGGGAUUUAAAAGGCAGCAAUCAGCGGUCACUUUUGCGAGGGAAAAAGAAACAACAACCAAAACGUGUGUUCGCGUGUGUAUCGCCGCAGUGUUGCUCUGCGAAGUGCAGAUACGUCGAGGCCCAAGUGAAAAAUUUGUUCUUCCCAGCGUCCUCCUGGUCCGGCGAGGAUGAAGCUGAAGCGAAUGGGCGAAGAAAUUCAUAAAUACGUGACUUUACGAGCAGAAGCAUCAGCAACAGCAACAGCCAGUGCGACGUGUAGUGAUCUCGUCGAAUGUCAUCGGCGUCGGCGUCGUUCCCGGCACGCAGAAGAUGUUAGGCGGAUACCCAAAACGCCCCCCAGUUGAGAAGAGGACCAUCCUUGUCGCCAAAAGCGGGCGCGAAAGAUAUUCAAAUUAAAUGGGUGACGUCUAAUGAAUCAGCCGUAGGACACAUUCCCAAUGCGUUGGAAUGCAUUAAUUCCGAGGGUGACAGUGUUGUGCCAGUAGUGAUGCACAAUGCUGGUGAACAACUUUUUGAGACUCUUGCCGUGAUAGAGAAGAUAUCCUAACUGAAGUUAACUUCCGAGUUGUUCCCCGCGCUAUUAAUCACAUCUGGAACGUUUAUUGCCAAACAUAAGCAGCUUGGUUGUCCUGACAACGCUUGACAACAGUGACAAACAUGAUUGGCCAACCCUACACAAGCAAUCUAAACGGAAACCAGUGUAUGUUCCGAAGCUAUCCGUAUCUCCCCCAGAGUUCCUAUCCGCAAACCCAACAACCUAACCUGCCGCACUCGUUCACCCUUCCAUGACAGUACAAUCACAAUCGACAGACCCGGAAAAACAAUUGCUACUACUGCAAUAACAACAUCAAUCUCACCUGCACCUGUUUGUCGUCGAGUGCCUUAGGAUAUUUUUACUCGACCUCACAGACCCUUAACUCGGCACCAUCGACACUACCCAGACGGUCCCGUCCCUCCAAUCACCACAACCUACCGGCGUAUCAUCCGCAGGCCCUUAUCCAGCCGCCGUUUCCGUUCCAACAGCCACGCCCAACUGCCACCAAGUCGACGUCCACCUCGCCACCGGUUCGCUUUCAGCGCGACCAGCAAACACAGGUCGACGAAGAAAUGCUCGGUGUCCGAAGUACAUCCAACGAUCCCGAUUCGCCGGCCCUGUCCGCCUCGCCACCGCCGGCUCCCGCUCCGAGACCUCCACCGGUCCGAAACGGUUGCCAGCGAUGUCGCUUCUCGGCCUCGGUGGCCUCAGCAAACUCGACAUUGAACCGAUCCCACCAGCAUCUCUCAGGAAGUGCCAACAACACACUCACGCGGAACAACAGCUCCCGUAACAGUAGUAGGCUUCGAGAAGGCGGUGCUGGGGCAACUAAUCACAUAGCAACCAGUACCGGGCAUUUGCACACCGCGGGGACAACUGCAAGCCUACAGGAGCACAAUGGAACGUAUCCCGGUGGAUAUGACCGUGGUCGACUGCUGGAGGAGGAGGAUUCCGCCUACCCCGCUCUACUGGAGCGAGAAUUACACUCACUGCAUCGGAAUGUUCCGGCGUUGCGACGUGCCGGCGUUGACACCAACGCAAUUAGACAGCAUUUCUAUCCGGACGGUGGAUGGGGCUGGAUUGUUUGUGGAGUUGCAUUUCUUGCGCAUGUUCUCACCACAGGAUUCCAGCUGUCCUACGGUCUGCUGUUGCUGUACGCGAUACGUCACCUAGGCCACGAGGUGAAUACCGAAGCAGGUUGGCUGGGAGCUGCCAGCUGGUCGGUGUCUCUGUUCGCGGCAGUCAUCGUGGUGGCCCUUUGCCGUCGAAAAUCAACCCGCCUGACUGCGGUCCUCGGUGGCCUGGUGCUAGCCCUCGGUAUCCUGUUUACGUCCUUCGCCACCCAGCUACACCAGGUAGCGUUCAGCUAUGGAGUGAUAGUUGGCGUCGGUGCAGCCAUGGUUCGUGAGUCGGCUGCCGUAAUGCUGGGCCAUUAUUUCAAACGGCGGAGGCAAUUUGUCGAAAUGAUUACGAUGUCGGGCGAAGGUGUCGGCGUGGCACUGUUCUCUGUGAUACUGAAGGAAGGAGUGGGGAAAAUGGGCUGGCGCCUGGGCUUGCAAGCCGUCACCGGGCUGGUUUCGCUCAGCUUCUUCAUGGGACUUCUGUACCGGCCUGCCUCCCUCUAUCAUCCCCAGCGGAGGGCGAUUUUGCAUCUGAAAAACCAAAGGAAGAAGGUGAAAGAGAAGAAAACUCACAUCCGCACUCCGAAGCCACCAUUCCUGGACUUCACCCCCCUGAAGCUACCAUCGGUACGGAUGCUCUCGAUUUCGGCAGCUGUAGCCGCGUUCGGUAUCUACUCUCCCAUCUUCUUUCUGUCUUUACACGGAUUCACGGAAGGAUAUGACAUGCAGGACCUGGUGCUAUUACAAACCUUCCUCGGCCUAUCGAUUGCACUAGGGAUCGUAUUUAGCGGAUCAUCGGUCAAUAAAACACUGAAAGUAUCCUUUAGAAAAGUUCGAAUCUCUCGUCAAUAUGUUUGUCAGGGCUGUGUUACGCUGGUAUCUCUAUCGCUGCUGGUACUAUCGGCAGUAACUGACUAUCGAGGGUUGUGCUUUUCCACAUGGGCAUACGGUCUCGGUCUCGGUGGCUACCGGUACACCCUAAAGAUGCUCGCGAUAGAACGAAUUCGAGGAAAAUAUUUCUCCAAAGCAUGGGGCUUCAUCAAAGGUGCCGAAUCGAUACCGGUCCUGUUUGGAGUGCCACUGUGCGCCUUCCUGAAUGAUUCUUCACACCGGUACGGAAGAGCCGGUUACUAUAUAUGUGCGGCAAGUGCCGCCAUCUCCGCCAUCAUCCUGUUUUUCGUAGGUCAUCCAGAAGGGAAGAACAUGAAGUAUUCUGCCAACGGAUCAAUAACGUCACGUUGCACGGCGCCCACUUCUUCCAGCGACUGUCAACACGUGCUGAAUCGUAGCUUCUCAUCACAACGUUUCAAUAAUCAGUGGUAUUCAAACACUCAAAGCACCAACCUGUCCAGUAGUUGCAACAACCCGAGUGCCGGAACCUAUGGCAGACAGCAACAGCAUCAUCAACACCAUUGUCCUUCGAGCCAAUUAAUGAACGGAGGCCUAGCACGUGGUUCUACCAGUCUCGAAGGAGGACCACCCAAUGUGACUAGACACAGCUACCACAGCCCGUACUGCCAAAGUGUCGGCCAGCCUCAUCAUGGACGGCUUCAUAAGAGUCUUUCAUUUGCCUUCCAAACUCCAAUCAUGACAAACGAGGAACGGUACCAUCCCACCAGCCGGCAGUCAGCCAGCGGCCAGUAUGCCGCCGACUAUCCACCCAGCCGGUGCUACUCGAGAUGCGAAAUCCACAACCCAAACCCAUCCCAUUACGGUAUACAUCAGCGGACCCCAUCAAUGAGUGGAAUGACCGCCAUUCCAACGGCAACACAUUUCUGCACCAACGGAUUGCAGAGCAAUCCUUCGCGCAGCCGAAGCGUCCCGGAGGGUCUCGCCAACAAUCACGGGACAGCGGCAAAUUACUGCCACUGGAAUCACUGCCACUGGACCACCGCCAAUGGAACGAACUUUUGCCGGCCUACGCGUCCCAUCCAGGUGGUGGAACAGAUCACAACAUCCGUUUGACUAAAGUUUAAAAUUGUGCGAUUUCUCCUGUGCAUUUCGGUUCAUUUACUGGAAGGACUGUUUUCAUAGACAGUACCACUCAUUAGUGAAUUGUUUUCUGUCGGUCAACAUGAGUUUUCCCCGUCGAGUUAGUUAUUCGACUGUCGGUGUUUCACACAUAAAUCAUCGCUCUAUAGGUAAAUUUGAAUUCAUUCGACGCGUAUUUAUUCAUACUCUCAAACACCAUAAAGUAAAUUUCAAUUGAAAUCAUAUACGAUACAUAAUGAAUGUGUUCAAUACACCAAAUAAUUAACAGUUGAGGUGAAAACCGCGAAUUGGGCAGUUUCAAACGACGUUCAAUGUACCCAUUAUAAUUAACGAGAAUAUUAUCGAUUUUACGACACACGUGGGUGUUUUUCUUGGAAGCACACGUUUGUGAGACAGACGGACUAUGACGGAUACAGCUGAAAGCGAAGGGAAGCAGUCAGAAGAGAAAUGCAUUAUCAGUCUAAAAAGUGUAAAUAAUUAGUUUUCAAGGAAUAAACUAGUUCAAAUUAGUUGUCGAUCAAAUAGCGAACUCAUUUAUCACUGUCGAAAACAUCGAGCUCACUAGCAGGAUUUUCCCUGUACCGGGAAAGAUUACAGCUAGGCGUGACCUAGGCUCUAGCGACAGCAUUAUUAAUUAGAUUGGUAAAUUAGACGUAAUAGAUACUAUCUACAAUGAAGAGGUGUGAUUGUGUUGAGUUGUGUUUUGUUGAACUUGUUAACAGUCUGAAACUAGGCAUGACUCGUAAGAAAAUACGCCAAAGCGUCACUGCUAUCCAUAAUGGUGUCUUGAUACGUUGUUUCUAUUUUUGUAGUGAGAGGACAGGAAUUGAUUAUAUUUGAAGAAUCUGAGAGGAGUAGGAAAUAUUUUGUUUAGUAAAAUUAUUUCGAAACUA